AUGGAUAAUUGGAUCGAUGAGUGUUUAUUCAAUGAUUCAGAAGAAGAAGAUAUCGAUAGAAGCUCUAUCCCAAAUCCUCAUAGAUGGAUCAACAGAGAUCGAGAAGCAGGACAUGAUCGCCUUUUCCAAGAUUACUUUAUAGAUGAGCCGAUAGGGUCGAUGCAACGGGAAGAAGAGGCUUGUCACCACUCCAAAAAUGAGAUACAGAUAUUAGCAUAUGGCGUAGCAGCUGAUGUUGUUGAUUAUUAUGUGUGCAUAGGUGAGAGCACUACAAUUGAAUGCAUGGAAAAUUUAUUGAAGGUGUCAUUUUGGUGUUCGAGGAUGAAUACUUGCGAAAACCAAAUUCAAAUGAUGUACGACGCCUGCUACAAAUGGCAGAGGGUCGUGGCUUUCCUGACAUGUUGGGUAGCAUUGACUGCAUGCAUUGGCAGUGGAAAAAUUGUCCAAAGGCGUGAAAAGUGUAUUAUAUCAUCACCAGUGUUCGAUGAUAUUCUAAAUGACCGUGCUCCAGAAGUAAAUUAUACUAUUAAUGGUAAUAAUUAUACUAUGGGAUACUAUUUAGCAGAUGGUAUUUAUUCUGAAUGGGCCACAUUUGUCAAAUCAAUCUCAAAGCCACAAAGGGAGAAACGCAAAUUAUUUGCGUAUGGGUUGCAUGUUGCAACUAUCAACAUUGGAGCAUCUAGUGAAAUGUCAUGGGGUUAUCAAUUCUACAUUUCUGAUGUUUAUUUAACUUACACUCCAUCUAUCUUGUUGGGAUCUCACCUAAUUGGCAUGAUUCAUUCCAUUCAAGAUGUUGAUUUCUUCGAUCCGUCUUAUGGGAGGUCUUUCUCUCUGAUUCAUUUUCGUAGUAUAUCAAUGAUUGAUUGGAUUCGAAGAUAUGACGGUAGCAUGCAAUGA